UAACGGCCACUCCGAUCCAUCCUUCUCCCGCCCGCCCGUCCGUCAUGCCUCCACCACCUCUGCGCUUCGCCGCCAACGUGGGCUGGCUCUUCACGGAGGGGGAGGCCGACAUCUGGGCUCGGUGCGAGGCGGCCAAGGCGGCUGGCUUCGAUGCCGUGGAGAUUCCCGACCCUUACGGCUACUGGGGGCGAGCAGGCGGCCCAGAGGAGACACCCCGACCGCCGCUGCCUGCCCUGCCCGUAGCGCUCAUCAACAGCCCGCGAGGGGACGUGGCGGCGGGCGAGAUGGGUCUGGGAGCCCUCCCGGGCCGUGAGGCAGACUUCUUGGACUCCCUCCAGACCGCGAUCGCUCACGCCAAAGCUCUGAAGUGCGACAGGGUCCACCUGUUGUCGGGCCGUCUGCCGCCCGGAGUGACUCGCGAGGCCCAGGGCCCUGCCAUGGAGGCGACGCUCGUGCGCAACCUUCUCACAGCCUCUGACCUGCUCGCAGUGGAAGGAAUGACUGGACUCAUUGAGCCAAUCAACAGCAGGCUCACCGACCCUCGCUACUUCCUGGACACGCCUGGUCAGGCCGCGCGCAUCCUGGAAAAAGUCGAUAAACCCAACAUCAAGCUUCAGCUGGACAUCUUCCACUGCCAAGUCAUGGACGGAAAUCUCACGGGCAACAUCCGUGCACUCUUCCCGCUCAUCGGUCAUAUUCAGGUGGCUCAGGUUCCUAACCGACAUGAGCCAAGCAGCCAAGGGGAGAUCAACUACUCCUACAUCUUCAACCUCCUCCAGGGACUCGGCUACCAGGGAUACGUGGGCUGCGAGUACACGCCACGAGAGAGCACGGUGUCUGGACUGGGAUGGCUUAAAGAAGUGCGAGCAAGCCACUGAGGUGUCAUCCAUUCACAAUGGGUGGCAUCCAAGACCACGUGAAAAUCCAAAACUUCUGUACCACCUGUGCUCGAAUCUGCACAGGCCCUAAUUUCACACUGAACAUUUGCUGGGUCACUGGUAGACUCGGCUUGUGAUUAGCAGCCAGAGCCAUCCCGUGUCGCUGUCCUGUAUAGACCUGACUAAUGUUAUUUUCAUGCAUUGCAUAAUUGCUAAGAGGGUAACAAUGCAUCAAUUCAUCGAUUACUUUUCCCAAGCUAAACAAUACACGCAAUUCAUUGCUUGUAUAAUAUGUCAUGUUUUUUUUUUUUAUUUGGCCUCCCCGCCCCACCAUCGUGUGAAUUUGUAGUUACUCAAUUAAUAUUCUUGGUUCUUUCGAUAAAGUCACUUAAUUAAAAGACAAAACGUAAAAUAAAAUGCAAUUUAAACAAUUUAAUAACAAAAAUAAAAUUAUAAAUUUAAAAUAAUAAAAGCAAAAAACCCACAAUAAAAAAUGCAACUAGUAAAAUAAAAUUAAAAUUACAAGUUAAAAAUACAAAUAAAUUGAAAAUAAUAUAAAAGCAAAAAAAUCCACGACGUUUUCGAUCGCAACACAAGCGGUCUUCAUCAGGGACAGAGAAAAGAGGGGGCAAGCCUCCAAAUGUAGCUGCUGCUAAGGGUUCCAAAGUGAGUGGGCAGGGGAAAGAGCUGUGCAAGAAGCACGCGAAUGCAGGAGCAAAACAAAGGGGGAGUUGGGCAGAGGUGAGCUUGUGCAGCGCAAACAGCAUGGGUGGGGCAGCCAGUCAGCCAGCGUAAAUGUAGGAGCAGACAAUGGGGAGGGGGCAGAGAGAGGGGGUGGGGCAGAGAUGGGGGGGGGGGCAUUGCACCUCGCUACACCCAUCCACACUGCUGACGGUAGAGGUUGACAAGAAAACACAAAUCAAGUCAUGACCCAAAGUGGUUGAUGACAUUUUUCCAAUGAUUGCUGAGUUUAAAACCGUCGUCUCGGUUGAAAUUGUGUCUGUGUCUGCAUAGAUGGAUGGCUUCGUGAACGAAUCUUUGUUGAUAGCCAGUCGGCUUGCAAAGUACCAUCGUCUUAGAGAAAUACAUUUCAUGUGAGCCAGCCGCAUUAAAGUAAUGAUCAGCCACGGCAGAAGUAUUGGUCCUGCCGUGUUUCAGUUCUACCUUAUGUUCACGAACACGGUCCGAGACAUGUCGUUUGGUUUCCCCAAUGUAACUGCUGCCACAGAUACAGCUUAGUUUGUAGCUGCCGGCAUAUUACAUGUACAGAUGGGAUCAGGUCACGAAUUUUGUGCAUUGUGUUAAAUCGAACCUGGAUCUUGUAUUAUUCAAGAUUUUGUAAAUCUUUUUGGUUAUCCCUGCUAUGUUAGGUAAGGUGAUGGUUUUGAUUGGAUCUUCAGAUGGCUCCUUCCUCACGGUUGGGAUGAUGGCUUUGCGGAUUGUGUAGUCAUAUUUUCGGGACAUACUUCAUACUUCACACCUACGCUAUGUUUUCCACAGUUACACGCUCAAGAAAAACAUUUCUAGAUAAAACAUGAUUUUCAAUGGUAAAAAUUCUAAUAACAAAAUAUAUAUUUCUGAUGGCAUCAUUGGCAAUUCCCAGUGCCACGUGCUGGACUUAGCCAUCUCAGAUCCAGGGCUGAAAUAAUGAAAUGCUACUUUAUUUUUCUUCGGUGAUGCAACCCCCCCUUAUAACAUGCAUGUCUAUGGGAAAAUAGGCUUCAUACAGUGCGAUUCGUUUUAUGUGCAGUUUUUCAGGAACGCAAGUGGAACGUUGUGUGAGGGAUGUCUGUACAGGUAUUGGUUAAUGUGAUCGUUCCAUCCCCUAAAGGCCGUUAUAACAUUCGCCACAAUGUUGAGAGAGAUAAACAAAUACUGGGACUUCUCUACUUACGAACGAGUUAGGUUGCAGAGGUCUGUUCGUAUGACGAUCUAUUCAUAAGUCCAACUUUACUCCUGUCAAUUCCAAACAUGUUGUACGGCAUGUACACUAAACACUGGGAAUGGCUUUAAAAGUUGUAUAAUCUCCUUGUAGAUGAAGAUGCCACUGGUUCUUCAUGUUCUGCAGAUAUGGGUUGAUAAUGUUCUGAUGGGGGUUGACAAUGUUCGUGAAAGGCACCGAGAACGUGGUAGUGAACCGUACAGCGACAAAACAACAACAGACAAUGGCGGCGGCCCAGGCAGAAAUGCUGGAUAAUGACACCGAACAACCACCACCAUCUAUUGCGCGGCAGUUGAACUUACGACUCUCAGUCGGAACAGGCAACUGAACAUACGGACAGGUUUUUUCGUAUAUCUGAAAGUUCGUCAAUCAGAUGUUCGUAAGUAGAGGAGUCCCUAUAUUCUUGAACGUAAUUAUACCACCCUGAAGCAAAAUUCAUUGAAUCUUGAGGGAGGUUAAUUGUUUGACCCCGAAUACCAUAAUCAUCUAAAAUACAUCUCCAGUGUCUGUAAUACUUUAAUGUGAUUCAUCCACAGUACUUUUUUUUGUACUCCAGCUUUACUUUGACUGAAAUCGAAUUUGUGUUGUUACGCAUACACUGGUGUGAUACAUGUGUAAUAAAGGUCGUU